AUGCUAGCCUCACGAAAUUUAAACAGGCAACUAUAUCGCCUUUUCAACGAGCUGAUACUUAACAUUCUGUUCGUGCUUGCGGAUAUCGGUGCAGUAGAAAAAAAAGGAUCCGCUAAUGAUACUGAAAACAAACCUCCAAACUCUGUGACUAGCACUGCAGAGGGGGAUGCAGCUGGAACACAAAAGCCAAAGAUUAAAUGGUCUCUAAAUGAUUUUGAUAUUGGAAAACCUCUUGGUAAAGGAAAAUUUGGCAAUGUUUACUUGGCUCGUGAGAAACGUAGCAAAUUUAUUGUUGCUUUGAAGGUAUUGUUUAAAUCUCAGUUGCAAUCUGCUGGUGUUGAACAUCAGUUGAGAAGAGAGAUUGAAAUUCAGUCUCAUUUAAGGCAUCCACAUGUUCUUCGUUUAUAUGGAUAUUUUCAUGAUAAGACCAGAGUGUAUUUGAUCUUGGAAUAUGCUCCCCAAGGAGAAUUGUACAAAGAGUUGCAGAAAGCAAAUCGUUUUGAUGAUAAAAGAGCAGCAACAUACAUUGCACAGAUGGCUCAUGCCCUUCAAUAUUGCCACAAAAAGAGAGUGAUCCACAGAGACAUUAAACCCGAAAACAUUUUGCUAGGAUUAAAAGGAGAACUAAAAAUAGCUGACUUUGGCUGGUCUGUUCAUGCUCCCACAUCUAGACGUAAUACUUUGUGUGGUACAUUAGAUUAUUUACCACCAGAGAUGAUAGAGAGUCGACCACAUGAUGAAAAAGUUGACUUGUGGAGUCUUGGCGUCUUAUGUUAUGAAUUCCUUGUUGGCAAACCCCCCUUUGAAGCUGAAGGCCAUUCUGAAACUUACAAGAGGAUUACAAAAGUAAAAUAUCAAGUUCCUGCAUAUGUGUCUGAAGGUGCAGCAGAUCUUAUUGCUAAAUUACUGAGACAUGAUCCUCAUCAGAGAUUGUCACUGGAAGGUGUCAUGAAGCAUCCAUGGAUCCAGAAAAAUUGUACCACACCAAUUCCAGUACUUCCUCCAGGUGUCCACUUACCAGUGCAAUAA